AUGGCGGAGCUUAGUUUUGUAAUUCCUAUGUCGGUAAUGACUCUGUUUUGGGGGAUUAUUGGUGGAGUUGUGCCGUGGUUUAUCCCCAAAGGACCGAACAGAGGGUGAGUAAAUUAGCUAGCUAAUUUAGCUAACAUGAUAGAAAAAUCAGUAUCUAGCUACAUGUGGCUAACUAGAAAAGUUAACAAACAAAGGACAUGCUAGACCUCAAAUGUCUCUUUUAUUCCUACUCGUGGAAAAUGCGAAACCUAUUUUAUUAGCUUUUUAGUCAGCUGUUAAAUGAUCAUACUUUUUGGCAGCUUGUUCUUUUGGCAGCAAUAUUGCUCUUCAUGGCCAACAAUAACUGAGUUGACUUUAAAGUAGUAGUAAGCUCUAGUUUUAACUAGAAUAAACUUUAACAUUUGACAAUGUUUUGAAACUUCUUUGUCCUUGUUGGAUACAAAGUAAGGGAAUACAGACAAAUCAAGAUGUCAUUUUGGAACUUCCCCAGUCCUUUUCUGGUUCCCAUCUGCUCUGUCACUUACAGGUGACUCAAGUUGGCAUGAUGAAGCCCAAUCUGCAUGAAGAAGGCCUAGUAGUACAUCUGAGAAAUGAGCACUUGCCAUAAUAAACCAUAGAUAAAGGAGUAACGUUUGGUUUGUAGGCGUACAAAUGUAUAGCCUAAUGUCUUGUUACUGCUUUGUAAUAAUGUCUUGGCCCAGUGGAAUAAUGCCUCUCUCCCCUCUCCACAGAGUGAUAGUUACCAUGUUGGUGCUAACUGCUGUCUGCUGCUACCUGUUGUAAGUACAGUCCUCCCAGGAAUGUAGCAGAAUAUUUCACAGGAUCACUAUGAGGGCUCUUCUUAUAUUCAUUUGGCUCAGUUGGUUGGAACAGGGUGCAGGCGGGCAACAUCAGGGGUGUAUUCAUUACGGAAACCGUUUACCGUUUUAAGAACCAAAUGGGGGGACCUACCUGAAUUUGUCGAAUAGAAACUUGUUUGUGUUUUACGUUUGGAGUAAAAGGUUUCUGUUGUAAAACGUUUUGCAACAGAAUUGGCGUAAUGAUUGCACCCCAGUGUUGUGUGUUUGAGUCUCGCAUCAUGCCUAAUGUUAGGCCUAGCUAAGUUGCUUUCCAUGAAAGUGUGAAACUGGACUAUUAACCUAUAUUUGGAGGUAGUGAUGUGCUUAAGCGUAUGUCCCACAUACAGACACAGAGAGAGAACACUUCUCCCUUAGGUUAUUCUCCAUACACAUUGAUUGGGCCAACUGCAGCUCGAUUUCAAUGUCCCAAUGUCAAUACAUAGUGAUUACCAGUCUUUCACAGAUGUAGACACGCUCAAAGUUUAUCACGGUCGGUUUUGCUGAUAGAGAAAAUAAGUGUAGACCUAGAGCACGCCUGUUGCUUGUUCGGUAGGUAAUGAUCCUAGAGUACGGUAGGUAAUGAUCCUAGAGCACGCCUGUUGUUUGUACGGUAGGUAAUGAUCCUAUGGUAUGCCUAUUGCUUGUACGGUAGGUAAUGAUCCCAUUCAAUAUAACCUGUUAGUCCUGAGAUGCUAUUUAAUUUCAUAGUUAAUUAUUUAGCUUUCGAAGUUGUCAGGUGAGCAGAUAGCAAUGUCAUGUUACUUUGCCAUAUCUCCACCAGGGGGCAGUGCAGGCCAUGUAAUGGGGAUAGUCUCCCCGUCAGCUAACAUUUUUUUUUAAGGGAAGAAACUAAUGAAAUCAAAUUAUAUUUGCCACAUGCGCCGAAUACAAUAGGUGUAGACCUUACAGUGAAAUGCUUACUUACCAGCCCUUAACCAACAAUGUCGUUUUUAGAAAAAGUGUUAAGUAAAAAAUGGAUAAGUAAAAAAUAACAAAUAAUUAAAGAGCAGCAGUAAAAUAAAAUAACAAUAGGGAGGCUAUACAGGGGGCACCGGUUAGUCGAGGUAAUUGAGGUAAUAUGUACAUGUGGGUAGAGUGUCCCCUGUAGCUCAGUUGGUAGAGCAUGGCGCUUGCAACGCCAGGGUUGUGGGUUCGUUUCCCACGGGGGGCCAGUAUGAAAAAUGUAUGCACUCACUAACUGUAAGUCGCUCUGGAUAAGAGCGUCUGCUAAAUUACUAAAAUGUAAUGAUAUGUUGUCUCCUUCAGUCUGCUGCCUAUUGAAAUCACUGGCCACUUUAAGAAAUGGAACACUAGUCACUUUAAUAAUGUUUACAUAUCUUGCACUACUCAUCUUAUAUGUAUAUACUGUAUUCUAUUCUAUAAUAUUCUACUGUAUCUUAGUCCAUGCCGCUCUGUCAUUGCUUGUCCAUAUAUGUAUAUAUUCUUAAAUUCCAUUCCUUACUAGAUUUGUGUGUAUUGGGUAUAUGUUGUGAAAAUGUUAGAUAUUACUUGUUAGAUAUUACUGCACUGUCGGAGCUAGAAGCACAAGCAUUUCGCUACACCCGCAAUAACAUCUGCUAAACACGUGUAUGUGACAAAUAAAAUUUGAUUUGAUUUACUGAGCGCUUAGUUGGAUUCCUCUAUCAUAGCUGACCCUGAUGUCAUGUUCAUCCAUUACUAUAGGGUAGAAGAAGAAUGUCUAAAAGUGAAAGACUUGCACAAGUAUCUUUAUUCUUUAUUUAGAUCCCCAUCAGACACCUUAGAGACCGCUGUUCUUCCUGGGGUCCACAAACAAAGCCAUUAGACACAACAGAAGCCAUGACAGACAUAUGUAGUUGUGUAAUCAUUAGUAUGUGUUGUAUGUUUUCAGCUGGCUGAUAGCAAUUCUGGCCCAGCUCAACCCUCUGUUUGGACCAGCUCUAAAGAACGAUACCAUCUGGUACAUGUACUACCACUGGUCCUAG